CUCCCUCCCGAAAGCCUCCUUCUCUCGUGGAGUCUCACUUGGGUCGGAGACGCACCAGAGCCGCCAGCCAUGCGCCUUUCGCUCCUCUCCUCCGCCUUGGGAUGCCUCUGCCUGGCCAGCCUCUGCACCAAAGGGGCGCAUGGGAAUUUGGACGUCUUUACGCCCGAAACGGUGGAGGCAGAAAUUGGGAAGACGGCUCUCAUCGAAUGCCGUUUCUCCGUCCCGGAAAAUGCCAACUACACUUACGUCCACUGGCAUGCGAUGGAGAAGCAUUCGCGGAAGCUGAUCAUCUCCAUGAUCCAAAACGUGGAGCAAAACAAGGAUCCCAAGUACAAGGACCGGCUCAGCAUCUUGUCCAACUUUUCCCUCAAAAUCAGCGACGUUCACUUGAAGGACGGCAAGGUCUACGUCUGCCAGGUGGGCCUGGGCAGUCUGGGCGCUGGCGAGAACCGGACCGAGCUGCGAGUCUCCAAAGCUCCAGAACCUCCUGUGAUCCAGAAGACCGACGGCGGCAUCAUGGCAUCCGACUCGGAGAACCACGAGAUUGCAAAAUGCAUCAGCCGCAACGGCUUCCCAGCCUCCACCGUGACGUGGUACAAGGAUGAUGAGCUUCUGACGAAAAACGGACAAGAUAUUGAUAUCCGCCUUGCGCUGACCAAGGAUAGCAAUGGGCUGGUCACGGUCCAGAGCACCCUCUUGGCUCAAGUGACCAAGGAAGACCGCAGCGCUCUCUUCCACUGCCAAGUGGAUUACAGUCUGGCCGGGACGAACAAGACUUUCAAGUCGGAGAGCUUCCAAAUCAACAUUCACUACCCCUCUGAGAACGUGAGUCUUGUGAUGGAGACCCGGAGCCCGGUGGUGAAGGAGGGCGACAACGUGACACUGCGUUGCGAAGCGGAUGGCAACCCGGCCCCAGAAUACACCUUCUCCAGGUUCAAGGAUGGGUACGAAGAAGACCUCUCGGAUGUUUUGGGUGGAAAGCUGUCCUUCCUCGACAUCAGCCGGAACGAAAGCGGCACCUACAUGUGCAAAACCUUUGACUUGCAGACCUUUCAAGAGUUGAACGCAACUGUGAACCUGUUUGUGAACUACCUGGACGUGCCCACCAUCGCGGCCGCCACUUUGAAGCAGCGCAAGCACCAGUGGGAAUGGGACCCUUCCAAGCUCAAGCACCUCUCGGAGGGUGACGGUGUGCUCCUGACCUGCAGCGCAUCGGGGUCCAAGCCUGUGGAGUUUCAGUGGGAAAAGAAGGGAGAGCUGAUUUCAAAAGGGAACCAGCUCAACUUGACCAGCGUCACCUAUAUGGCGACAGGAGACUAUAUCUGCCGGGCCGCCAUGCCGGACAUCCCUGGCCUCUCUCGCUCCAAAUCCAUUGCCUUGGCUGUUCAGGCAAUUCCGCAACUGACGCCGCAGAAGGACCUCUUGCAAGUCAAAGAGGGCGAGCUGUUGAACCUGACUUGCAGCGCCUUUUCGGUUCUGAAGCCCAAGAUAUCCUGGAGCAUGAAGAACGUCUCGAGCCACAUGCAUUCCCGGGCGCACCAGCACACCAGCACCCUCUCGGUCCACGUCACCAAGGCGCUCCUGGAGUCGGGGAUCAAUUGCUCCGCCGAGAACCGGAUAGGAAGAGCCGAGCACCAGUUCAGGCUGGAGCUGAGGCCAGAUGUGGUGAAGCCUGAUGAUAACAAGACCGGGAAUGGCACUUCUGAAUGGGACGAGGAAGGGACAACUGCAAACAGCCCAAAGACAGAGACGUUGCCCACUCCCACUUCGUUGGAAAAUGACACUUCAGGGUUUGAUUACAACCAAACAUUCCCUUUCGAAUUUCCCGGAGAGGUGGAGGAAGAUAUAGGCAGGCGUAACCUGACGCAAGGUUCAACCAAACAGGAGAGCAGAGGGGUCAUUAUCGUGGCGGUGGUCGUCGGCAUCAUGGCGAUUUCGAUCCUGGGCGCCGUCCUUUAUUUCCUGCACAAGAAAGGGAAGCUGCGCUGCGGACGUUCGGGGAAACAAGAGAUCACAAGUCCCGACGCGCAUAAAGACGAGAUUGUAGUUGAAGUUAAGUCAGAUAAACUGCCGGAAGAAGCGGGGCUUCUGCAGGGCGCCAACGGCGAGAAGCGAUCAGCAAGCGACCAGGGAGAGAAAUACAUCGACCUGAGGAACUGAGAGGAGACCGCCGUGCGCCUUUUCCUGAGGAUUUCUGCUUCCCAUCCCCAAAAUCUUCCCUCCUUUCCUGCUCCCACGACCCAAAUGCACAGCCAACGAAUGCACAAGACGGCUCCGCGGCAAAGGAUCCUUUGCAGUCCGAAGACUGUCCGAAAGAGACUGUUACCCCUUUUUCCUCUUGGAGACCAAAAAAAGGAUAAUUUUUUGAAGGUUAUUGUUUCAAAGCAUACAUGUUCAGGAUGUUUUGUGUGCUUGGUGAAAAGAAGAAGUCUUUCUCCUAACCUAUUUCUCCAAAAAGUGUUAGAACAUACUCAAGUUUCUUGGAUUCGGUUUUUCAGUCGCAGGAAGGAAAAGGUCCUUCUCCUAACUUAUUUCUCUGAAUGCAUCAUCACUAAGCAACUUAACCUAUUUCUCCAAAAAGUACUUUCUUGGAUUUGAUUUUUCAGUCUAUGUUAGGAGGAAGGAAAAAGUCCUUCUCCUGACGUAUUUUAUCUGAAUGCAUCGUCACUAAGCACUUGCCAACUUGGUCCAACUAAGACUGGGUCCAACCAUAGGGUCAAUGAUGAAAAAAUCGGGAAAUAAAGUAAUGAAAGGACUGGAGAUGAGCUCAAGAGAGUUCAAUGUGUUGUCAAAAGGCUUUCAUGGCUGGAAUCACAGGGUGGUUGUGUGUUUUCCAGGCUGUAUAAUAAUAAUAAUAGUAAUAAUAAUAAUAAGGACCUCAAGAUUGAACUUCAAAGACUCUGGCAGAAACCAGUGUAGGUGGUCCCGGUGGUGAUGGGCACACUGGGUGCCGUGCCAAAAGAUCUCAGCCGGCAUUUGGAAACAAUAGACAUUGACAAAAUUACGAUGUGCCAACUGCAAAAGGCCACCCUGCUGGGAUCUGCACGCAUCAUCCGAAAAUACAUCACACAGUCAAGGACACUUGGGAAGUGUUCGACUUGUGAUAUGAAAUCCAGCAUAUCCAUUUUGUUUGCUGUGUCAUAAUAAAAUAAUAAUAAUACUUUAUUUAUACCCCGCCGCCAUCUCACCACGGGGAUUCGGGGUGGCUCACAUGGGGCAAGGCUCGACCAGCAUAAUUUGCAAAAACAACAGCAUAAAUACAUUGCACAAUAUACAAAAAAAAAAAACACAGUAAGAUAAUAAAACAGGAAUACAGCAUGUUCCAGAAAUAUUCUCUCCUGACGUUUCGCCCACAUUUAUGGCAGGCAUCUUCGCAACCUCUGAGGAUGCCUGCCAUAGAUGUGGGCGAAACGUCAGGAGAGAAUGCUUCUGGAACAUGACCAUACAACCCUGGAAAACACACAACAACCCAGCUCAGGAGAGCUUUGGCUUCCAGAAUAUGGCUCUAAACUGUAGAAAGUAUUGAAAGCUGGUUUCCUAUUUGCCACAAACAAAAGUCCAGCUCAAAAAAGCCAAAAAAAAAUUAAAACACAGCAAGACA